CGGGCUUUUUGUGGACUACUAUAUAUAUUUAAAAUGAAAGUCAUAUUGGUAGCAUUUCUAAUCUCCAUUCUGGUCCAUCAAGGAAUCUGUUACGAUAGUGAUGAAUUCGUGGAACUUGCGCCAGUUAGAAGACGCAAUUCCAGUGGUUGCUUUAAGCUCGUUAGGCCCUUGAUCGAUUAUACGAUCAAAAUGCAGAACCGAUUCGAUGAGCAGGGCUAUGCGUUCGAGACGAGUGCCCACAAGGCGUUGGCGAAAAUUACGCUUUUGGUGAAUGAGAGGUUUGAGAAGCUUGAAAAUCUGAAAGAACCAGCUGAUGAUAAAAGUAAUAAGAGCCGGGAAAUUUAUUUCCUUGAAGAGGAAUAUAAGAACAACUGGAUUGGAGCAGCUCAUGUAUGUCGAUCGCUAGGCGGGCAUUUGGCCAAUGUGAAAAAUGAAGACGUUUUCAAUACAAUAACUGAAAAAAUCGAGGGCCUCAAGGCGAACAACAAUGCUUCAAAGCACGGCUUUUGGGUCGAUAUCAAUGACCUUAGCCAGGAGGGACAAUACCAAUCGUUAACCUCUGGCAAGGAUGCGUCUUUCCUGAAGUGGGAUGAAACUGAACCCGAUAACAAAGACAAUGACGAGGAUUGCGUCGAAAUCCGUAAACGUGAGGAUGGGUCUAGUUAUUUUAUGUAUGACGUCCAAUGUGAGAAGAAUAACUAUUUCGUCUGCGAGAUACUCGACGAGUGAAGAAAAUGAACGAAUGUAUCUACAAAUAUGCACAAUAAAUAUUUUUUGCUUAUUUCA